GGCGUGGGUCGAAGUAGUAGGAGAAGUGCCAGAGAAGUGCAGGAGAGGAUCAGACCGCGCAAGAAAGUAAGCCCGAUCUCAGUUCGAACGGUUCACCGCGAUCGGCUCACUUCGUCUUUGGUUUUACCGGUUCGCUGCGCGCUACUCGAUCGCACACGAAGAUCCUUCCGGUACUUUGUUGACCGACCAACGACGUCUCCGUGGAUAUGCCGCUCCGCUUCCGGCGCUUCUGCCCGCUGCCUCUUCCAACGCACGGAAGUCCUUUGACACCCCUGAUGCACGUAGCUGGAUGCUCGAGUUACGCUGUAAAAUCAUGCGUUGACUUCGCGUUGCCAACUAUUUUGAAACAAUGGUGGCUUUGGUGGUUACUUUUACCAGGAUGUCUCGCAUCUUGGACCAAGUACAUCGAAGAGUACGACGCUAUCAGAGUUGCUAGAUGCGAUGUUCGUUGCGGUGGCAAUUAUCCUGAUGAAUGUAUGGAAAAUUGCUUGGCAUCCAAUUACACAAAACCUGGUCACUGUCCUGAUAAAGCAUCCAUGUCACCCUUUGAAGCUGUUUGUUUGAUAGCUUGCGUCGAUGACUCUCGUUGCCCAGAUUUAGCAAAAUGUUGCAGACAUGAUUGCGGUGUCACAUGCAUGCAUCCCGUCGGUUUAGACAAUGUAACUGAUUUACCCGUGAUACCCAGGAAUGUCCAAAUCAGGCAACAAAAGAACAACUUGGUUUUUUUGACUUGGUAUAAUUCUAAGGCACAGCGUAUCGAUGAAUCUACCGGAAUCAAAGGUGUGAGGUAUUUGGUGGAGGAACGACAUUUACUUGGACCAAGGUACCUGGAAUCUAGAUCAAGUCCAUGGAUUGUUCGUCACGUUUCAUCGAAGUCACACGCAACGAUUCGAGAACGAUUAAAGACAGGACACUGGUAUCAAUUUCGUGUAGCAGCCAUCAAUGCAAAUGGAUCCCGAGGAUACUCGGAGCCUUCCAAACCUUUUAAAACAAAAGACCCACGGAAUCCAAAAGAACCACAAAACUUGACUCUAUCCGAUGCGCGACUGGUAGAUGGAAAACUGCGUAUUACCCUAAGAUGGAGUAAACCAGCUUCAGACGUGCCGAUAACAUUUUACAAAGUGUUUUGGAGCCGCCUUGUUCACGGACCGACUAAUGAUUCCAUUCUCGUUUAUCAUAGAACAGUUCUGAAAGACAAAACGUGUUACGAACUGAAAAACUUGGAACUGAGGUGUCAGUACUUCCUUCAAGUGCAAGCUGUUGCACUGUACGGUGGCCGGCGAUUGUUGUCGCGAAAAGCCUCGAAAGUUUUCAAUAGCACCGAUUACAUGGCAUACGCCGAUUUGGGGAGGCGAUCUCGCAGAUGCGAGCGAUACCACGGCGAUCUUCAUCUACGGCGAAUGACUUGUCACUGCGGCGAGGUCAAGGUACGUUUGGUUUGGCCGAUGAACCACGAUGUAAAGGCGUACAACGUCUCCUGGAGAGAGGCAUCCUGCUCAGCUUCGCAGGAAAAACUCAUAUCCCGUCGGAAGAAAACCUGGUGGAAACUUGUUCAGGUAUAUGCACGGUCCUCCUGAUAUGUCUCCUGUGAAAUUUGUUCGUCUAUCCGCGUUGGGAGUUCAUCACCCAAUAAAUUCGAUAAGUAAUGCGUGCGGCAGGAAAUAAAAUUAACCUCAUUGACCGUUGACUAAACAGAACAUCAGAGAAAUAAGUGUGGUUUCCCAUUAAUGAGAUAUCAGGGUGGAAAACAGCACCGAAAAUUCUGAGAAAACUUGAACGAUGGUUCCGUACGUCCUAAAUUGACACUCAAUCGACCCUCAAAGGAAUGUCGCUGCUUUUAAAUUGGCGCUUUUACAUACGGCUGAUGAAGAAUUCAAAUGAAUUCUAAUGAGUAUAACGUAAGCUUCCGGUUAUUAAAGUUCCAUUACACUGUUUUUAUCAGUUUUUGCUGAUUGCUGUCGAGUCUCUUUUAUAAAUCGCAAACACAUAAUAGCGCCGACACAAUCACACUUUAAGCUUAUACGAUGACAUUUUUACUUAUUUACCAGACUUAAAAGUUUCAUUGGAUUAUCGUUCUUCAUCGACUACUUAAUUACUAUACAAUACUUGACGAAUAUUAUCUUCACGUUAUUAUACAAACUAUUCUUUUAUUCGAUUCGAUUUCACCCAGACUUGACUUAACGAAUAAAAUAGAUUUUCUCCCUUUUAUAAAAAGCUCGUGCACCUUAACUAUUUUUGACGUUUCCUGUUUUCUUCCUAUAUACGAUAAAUUUGUAAUUUAAAUUACGGUUAAAUCAGAUUCUAUAUUAUAACUUUUUAUAUUAAAUUUGUAUAUUGUAAAAAUAUAAUGUGAAAACCAAAUACGCUGCAGAAGAAAUGUACUUUCCUCUAAUGUGUUAAACGAAGCUUUGUUUUAGUUAGCAAGCAAUUCUCCUCUUACCUAUGAUAGUUGUAAAAAUUAUGUACAAGUUCUUCAUCGCAAAAAUGAUAUUUAGAACUGUCAGAAGUUGCGAUUACUCGAUGACACGAACGUGACAGCGAUGAGCCUACAACUGGUGUACACGACGUUAAUCUAGCUAGAUAGCCCCGAGAUUACACGAGGCCCUACUACCUAUAUGACAUUUACUUUCUGCAUUGUACUAAGCAUUGUGAUUGCUCCGUGUGCGCACGCUAAUUAACCCCUAUUUGUAUAAAAAAUAACUGGCAACCAAUUAAAAAUUUUACUAUAA